CGAGCACAGCGCACGCAACCCACCUCUCUCGUUCUCUCCGCACACGCAACCUCUCGCACCGCACGCCAACGCAGCCGCCGCCUCUUCUCUUCCAUCGUCGUCAUCGCCUCGUCGGAUCUGGGGAGAAAGAGAGUGUGAGUCUCCUACCUCCGCCGCGUCCGCGUCCGCAUCACUCUUCCACGCCCUGGCGCCGCCGCGUCCGCCACUUCUCCUCGCCUUGUCGUCCCCGUCCCUCUCUCAUAGCCGAGCUCCAGCCCUCCACCAUCCCCUCCUCCUUGACCGCCUCUCCCCUCGUCUGAAGGAGCACGGGGCUGGCAGCUGCGCCUGAGCCGCCACAAGGCCGUCAGGUAGAGAAGAUCUGGUGCCCACGGGCCGUUCCCGCCGCUGUCCGAGUCCGACGUCUCGAAGUUGCCAGAGUCGCCGUCGCCAUACGAAGACGAGUCGGUGGGGAGAUGCUGGUGUUGGGAUUCGGGAGGGUCCAAUCUGCAGCAAAUCCUUGGGAGAUAUGACGGUGUAUUUUGGAAUGCUCGACGGCUUGUUGGCUGCAGAAGAGCUUCCUGAGGAAUACCGGAACCGAUGCCAGGAUAUACUCUGUAACGACUGCGGAAAAAGGGCUUUCUCGGUUCCACUCGUUGUAUCACAAAUGCGCCGCCUGUGGCUCGUACAACACCAGAGUUAUCAAGACCGAGGCACCAGAUUGUUCCAUGUCGAAUUAACAGGCGAGUCGUUUUCUGUUUUCUUCUUCUACUCGAUUCUUUUGGAAAUUCGCCUCUACAAUAUAUCUCGAUACAGAGGAGCAUUGCAUAUGUAUAGGUACGGAGCAUGGAUGUCCCUUUUUGUUAGCAACGCAGUUAAUAGUCAGUUUACUAUAGCAAAACACUAUUAAUUCUAUGUAGUAACAGCCAUUCGCCCCGUCUCUAGGAUAAUGCUUUAGGAUAGUGCAAGAAAUGGCAGUCUGGCAGCAUGAAUAGAACCAAGGCCGCCUGUCACUGCGCCACCCUGCAUCACCCGGGGCCUCGUUCCUCGCUCCAAUUGGCCAUUUUGGCUUUGCAUCUCCUGCGGCUGCACAGUCCUGUCAUGGCGAGUUCGUGACCAGCCGAAUCGUCCGCCCGAGGCAUGGGCAAGGCCCAGCAGCACCAAUGCUACCAACAAAAAAUGCCUCUUCUGUCCAAGCUGCAUCCGACACGGACACCACUUCAACUAGAGUACCAAACCAUGCAACCAGACUUGGCUAUUUCCAGUGCAAAAAAGAGCCAGCAGCCCCGGCCUUGGGUCUGCUGUUGUUGUAAUGUUGUUGAUGGAAGCUUCUCGUGGUCAGGGUGCCGAGCAGAGACUCUCACGUCCUCAGGGGGAAGGCCUCCUUGUAGUUUUGCAGACCGGAUGAGCAGACGUUUGCUAGCAGCAAGUCGACAGUCGAUGUGAUCUCUCCAGGCCCAGGAUGCGCUAGCUUUCUGCUCUGCACCACCGGUGCACGCCAUGCUGGCCAGAGUUAGGCUCGGCACGCCUGGCAUUUCUCUCGAUGGUCCAAUCUUGUGUGGCGAACAAGUCUCAGAGCUGUGUCUGUCGAAUUGACCCUCUGUUCCAGUCCAAUGGUUUAGGACAUGAAUGAAAGAGUCAGCAUGCAAGCCAAGACUGCGUUACUCUAUUUGAACUAUGCAUUUUACGAGUACGCUGACAGGUGUAAGAUAGUAAGAUUUAAAAUGUGUUGGCGAAAAGAUUUAUCACUUAUCAGUAGGCUCAAACUGUACAACGACGAGGAUGUGGAUGAGGACGAGGUCGAGCCCCUUCCCGGCGCGAUCUCCUUUUGGAGGCUAUUCAACUUCGUCGAUGGCCUCGACUGGGCACUCAUGGCCGCUGGCACAGUCGCCGCCGCCGCCCACGAUGCAGCAUUCGUAGUCUACAUGCACUAAUGGUCCUUGAAUUUUCUCGACGCUGAGCGGAUUUAGUCUGCUGUACACAGUUGUAGCGACGAGCCCCUCAACCAAUUUAAGCAGGUAAACUGUUGCUUCACAUGCUCGUCUCUUAAUUGCACGCCUGACAGGGCCUGCAACAUGAUAUUUAUUGCCUGACUCCCAAAGGUAAAUUCAACAACAAAUGUGUUUAGGAUCCUGUAAGGAACCAGAUGCCUCUCUCAAUAUCUAUUGGAUACAAGCUUUGAUUACAAGCAACACCAAUGGAGAUACAAAGUUUGGGGAUCAGGAAGAACAGAAGGAGGAGGACGAGAGGUAGGGGAAGAGAGACACCGUGCCAAAGCCGUGAUCCACUGGAUGACCAGAACAAUGCCUACUCCCUCGUACUUGUACUCUGUAGCUUUAGUGGUUUCCUGAUGGGCCAGGCCCACGUACCGGUCCAGGGGCAAACCCACAUGUUGGGUAACGUAGUAAUUUCAAAAAAAUUCCUACGCACACGCAAGAUCAUGGUGAUGCAUAGCAACGAGAAGGUAGAGUGUUGUCUACGUACCCUCGUAGACCGGAAGCGGAAGCGUU